AUGAGUGAUAUGGCAUCAUCUCCUCAAACUGCUGUUCAUCCUUCAUCCUCUCAACGCGCUCGACUAAUUUCAUAUUGUCCUGCUAUUGAUAAGAGUUCUGAGGAGUGGAAGUCAUCUACUAAGAUGGAAACCCUUGUCGGAUGUGAGCAAGAGCUCGCCAAGCUCUUAGACACUGCCGAUCCAGAGAAACUCGAGCAUUACCGCAAGGAGCUCUCCGGAUUCCGUAAUCUUUUCGCUCGUUUCCUUCGUGCCAGAACUCAUGUUGAUUGGAGCAAAAUUGAACCUUUACCUGAGGGAUCGAUCCGUGCCUACAAGCACCUGACCAAGCCAGAGGGACAGGAGAUCUCCAAGAUGUUGAAUAAGCUUGUUGUAGUCAAGCUCAACGGAGGUCUUGGAACCUCAAUGGGUUGCAAAGGACCAAAGUCUGUUAUCCCUGUUCGCAACGAUCUGACCUUCUUAGAUCUGACCAUGCAGCAGAUUCAGACAUUGAACAAUCAAUACGGAGUGGAUGUUCCAUUGGUCUUGAUGAACUCUUUCAAUACCGAUGAUGAUACACAAAAGGUGUUGAAGAAGUAUGCUAAUGUCAAGGUAUCUGUGCAUACAUUCUGCCAAUCUCAAUACCCUCGUAUCAAUCGCGAAACGUUAAUGCCCGUCGCCAAAAGUCUGAGCAACGACGAACAUGAUUGCUGGUAUCCACCUGGUCACGGUAACUUCUAUGAGGCUUUCAACAACUCUGGACUUCUUGAUAAGUUCCUCCAAGAUGGCAAAGAAUACUGCUUCCUCUCCAACAUUGAUAAUCUUGGAGCCACUGUUGAUGUUAACAUUCUUAACUCUCUUAUCAAUCCCCAGGAAGGACAUAUCGAGCCUGAAUUCUUGAUGGAGGUUACUGAUAAGACCAGAGCUGACGUCAAGGGAGGUACCCUUAUUCAAUAUGAAAACCGUCUUAUGCUUUUGGAAAUCGCUCAAGUUAACAAAGAUUAUGUUGAUGAGUUCAAGUCUAUUAGCAAAUUCAGAAUUUUCAAUACUAAUAACCUCUGGGCCAAACUGUCUGCCAUCAAGCGAGUUGUCGAUAAUGGCGAACUCUCUAUGGAAGUCAUUGUUAACCCUAAGCAUCUCGACCGUGGCCUCGAUGUCAUCCAGCUUGAGACAGCAGCAGGAGCUGCUAUUCAAAGCUUCAAGGGAGCCUGCGGAAUUAAUGUGCCACGAUCACGUUUCUUGCCUGUGAAAAAGACUUCCGAUUUACUUCUUUUGAUGUCAAAUCUUUACGACAUCGAUAACGGUAACCUAACUCUCUCGGAGCACAGAUCAUUCCCAACUACUCCAUUGGUCAAAUUAGGCAGUAGCUUUGAUAAGGUUAAAGACUUCUUGAGCCGCUUCCAAGGUAUUCCUGAUCUGUUGGAGUUGGAUCACUUGACAGUAUCCGGCGAUGUAACAUUCGGUAAAGAAGUCUCUUUGAAAGGAACAGUCAUCAUCAUUGCCAAUCAUGGUGAUCGCAUUGAUAUUCCACCCGGCUCUCUAUUAGAAAACAAGAUUGUAUCUGGUAACUUGAGAAUUCUUGAACAUUAA